AUGCGCCUCCUAAAAGAUGAAGGGCACGGAAACUUGAGCUUGGUGGAGUACUAUGAUGACAAAAUCCCUCCUUAUGCGAUACUUUCGCACACCUGGGGAGCGGACGGCGAGGAGGUCACUUUCAAAGACUUGAUGGAAAACACUGGCAAGAACAAGGCUGGCUACAAAAAGAUAGAAUUUUGCAGAGACCAAGCUGGCAGUGAUGGUCUACAACUCUUCUGGGUUGACACCUGUUGCAUCAAGAAGUCGAGCGAUGCCGAGCUCUCGGAGUCAAUCAAUUCCAUGUUUCGCUGGUAUCAGCACGCGAUAAAGUGUUACGUACACCUGGAAGAUGUCUCAACAUCUAAGCGGAAGAGAGGGGAUGAGAAUGCUCAGGAUUCAUGGGAACAGGCUUUUCGAGAAAGUAGAUGGUUUACUCGAGGCUGGACACUUCAAGAACUUCUUGCACCUACCUCGGUGGAAUUCUUCUCCAAAGAGGGCAACCGACUUGGUGACAAACGGUCUCUCGAGCAGAUGAUUCAUAAGAUCACGGGAAUCCCUCUUUUAGCGCUUCGGAGUUCUACGUUUUCUCAAUUCAUGGCUGAUCAGAAACUCGGCUGGGCAACGAACCGCCAAACGACACGCGAAGAAGACUGGGCGUACUCUCUCUUGGGCAUUUGCGCAAUCUCUAUGCCAGUUAUUUACGGCGAAGGAAAGGAGAACGCGGUCAGACGGCUCAAGAAGGAAAUAAACGAUGUCUUUAAAACUAAGAAGAUUGAUUUAGGCAGGAUUCCGUACGCCAAAGGAGCUAUAUUCAAUUCGUCUGAUAGCAUACACACACUGUGUCACCCUGCCACCAGAACCGAUCUACUGGCUCAAGUCCAACAGUGGGCCCAGCUACUGGACGGCAAGAGCAUCUUUUGGCUCUAUGGCGGCGCAGGUACCGGAAAGUCGACCGUUUCUUGGACUUUCUCUCAGUGGUUAACCAAUCAAAGGGGGAUGGGAGGUGUCGAACUCGGGGCCAGCUUCUUCUUCAAACGAGGUGAAGGCGACCGAGGUUCUGGUAAUCGAUUCUUUCCCACGAUCAUUCGACAGCUCACCAAGAAAAUCGCUGGACUGGAUGCUCUUGUUGCGAACAUUAUUGACUCAGAUCCAUUCAUUUUUGACAAAGCAAUUGCAGAACAGUUCCGCCGACUCGUCCUACAGCCGUUGCAAGAUUCAAGCAUUAAUGGCGCUAAUCUCUGUACACUGAUAGUGGUGGUAGAUGCACUUGACGAGUGCGAGAACGAAAAGGAUAUCAGAUUGAUACUCGAACUGUGGUCGCAACUCUUACAGGUUACGAAGAUAAAUUUGCGACUCUUCUUGACAAGUCGAUACGAACCCUCCAUCUGGCCAGUGUUCCAAAACAUGUCUGUUGAUAUGUUUCGAGACAUCGAUCUUGUGGAUGCAGUUCCACUAAGCACAAUUCAACACGAUCUGUCCGUCUACUUGAACGAUUCACUUGCCUCUAUCCGCAAAGACAACAAUGAUCGUCUUCAAGGCAUAGUUCUGCACAGCGAUUGGGUCGAUAGUGAGAAAACACGACAACUAGUCGAGAUGGCAGUGCCUUUGUUCAUCGUUGCUGCAACCGUGUGCCGUUAUAUUGGAGAUCCUAGAUUCGAUCCUGGGGAAAGACUCCAAAAGAUUCUUCGAAAUCAGAUUAUUGGUCAUAUGUCACAGAUGGAGCUUACAUACCGACCAGUGCUGGAGCACCUCACUGAUCAAACAGAAGAUGACGGAUCGCAGGAAGAACUAUGCCGUGAUUUUCGCACUGUGGUGGGAUCGAUUGUUGUCCUCUCAGAACCUUUGUCAAAGAGCGGUCUCGCGACUUUGUUAGGGAUGUCUCUUCAAUCUAUCAGCCAGCAACUAGCUCCACUACAUUCAGUGCUUCGUAUUCCAGCCGACCAAGAUACCCCUAUCCGAACUCUCCAUCUCUCUUUUGCCGAAUUUCUGUUGAGUGAAAAAGCUCAAAAGCAAUCUUUUGGAGUGGACGGUUCUAACGCACAUCUGGCGCUGAGCAGACACUGUUUAAGAGUUCUUUCCAGCCCCUAUGGCUUGCGCGAGAACAUUUGCGACCUCGAGUGUCCAGGAGAGUUACGGCAUAAGGUCGAAUCGACUACCAUUACAAGCCGGCUUUCUCCAGUGCUGCAGUAUGCAUGUCGACACUGGGUUCACCAUGUUCAGCACAGUCAUCGCCAGAUUCACGACAAUAGUGAAGUGCAUAUUUUCUUGAAAAAGCAUUUUCUGCACUGGCUUGAAGCAUUAAGUCUGAUGGAUUGCAUCUCUGAGACGAUCAGUCUUUUGGGUAUUUUACAGUCUUGCGUGUCGUUUUUCUCGAAGAUGCCCGGCGGUUCAUCUUUAAAAAAUAGAUUCAUCGCUAAUCUUGCACCACUACAGCUUUAUUCGUCUGCAAUCGUUUUUGCGCCACAGACCAGCCUGGUUCGAAACAUUUGCGGUCGACCUCCUACAUGGAUACAACAGCAUCCAACGAGUCUUAUAGAAUGGGGUUUAGAGCUUCAGAAACUGGAGGGACACUCUCAUUCGGUCGAGGCGGUGGCAUUCUCACCUGACGGCGCCCUCUUGGUUUCAGGAUCUGAUGGCGCCCUCGUGGCUUCAGGAUCCAACGAUGAGACGAUCCGACUGUGGGGCACACAGACAGGUCAAGAAGUGCAGAAGCUGGAGGGACACUCUAGCUCGGUCAGGGCAGUGGCAUUCUCACCCGACGGCGCCCUCGUCGUUUCAGGAUCCGACGAUCACAUAAUCCGACUGUGGGACACGCAGACGGGUCGAGAAGUGCAAAAGCUGGAGGGACACUCUAGCUCGGUCAGGGCAGUGGCAUUCUCACCCGACGGCGCCCUCGUCGUUUCAGGAUCCGACGAUCACAUAAUCCGACUGUGGGACACGCAGACGGGUCGAGAAGUACAGAAGCUGGAGGGACACUCUAACUGGGUUAACGCAGUAGUAUUCUCACCCGACGGCGCCCUCGUCGUUUCAGGAUCCGACGAUCACAUAAUCCGACUGUGGGACACGCAGACGGGUCGAGAAGUACAGAAGCUGGAGGGACACUCUAACUGGGUUAACGCAGUAGUAUUCUCACCCGACGGCGCCCUCGUGGCUUCAGGAUCCGACGAUCACACGAUCCGACUGUGGGACACACAGACGGGUCGAGAAGUACAGAAGCUGGAGGGACACUCUAACUGGGUUAACGCAGUAGUAUUCUCACCCGACGGCGCCCUCGUGGCUUCAGGAUCCGACGAUCACACGAUCCGACUGUGGGAUACGCAGACCGGUCAAGUAUUAAAAAGACUUGAGAAAAUUCCAAUAAUUAAAACUAUUUAUUUUGCCAACAAUAAUACGACGUUAGUAACUAACCGAGGAACAUUUGAUGCAAGCAAUGGCAAUUCCCUUAAUGCCGACGGUAUCAAGGCAUACAAAGACAAGACGAUUAGUGUAUCAGUUGAUUGGAUUCAACGGAGAAACCAAAAUCUUCUAUGGCUUCCGCAUGAGUAUCGCGGCAUCGUCACCUUUAAUAGCGACAAGCUUGUGGUUGGCGCACAAUCUGGUCUCGUCAGCAUCUUUCAAAUAUCAGAUUGA